UUGUCUUGUACGUUGCCCCAUUUCUCGGCCAGCGAUGGCGCCGCUGGGGGUUUCGUGUUCUUCGCUUGGAGAUCUUGCUUGAGAGGAGCUACAUUCCUUCGGAGCAAUGUGACUAACCUAGAGGAAGGGGCGCGCCUGUGAAUAAGUACGUAUGGUUUUGGAACCACGCCAAUUGUGCGUGCUAGCUCAUCGCUAGGGAGUUUCCAAGAGGUCAUGGAGAAAGGCGUUUCGUAUGUCCCGUGCAUGGAUUCGCUUCGCUUGAAAAGCUUUCACUUCGAUUUUCACUGCCAGGACGAGUACCAGGAUGCUCGUCGAGAGACGCAUGCUUGCACGAGCUAGAUUGCAUGAUAAUCAUCGUAAACUAAGUGAUCUCGAGUGAAUGGCGGUGCUAGUCGUCGGUGGCUCCGGCUAUGUGGGGCUCCAUCUUCUCAAGGCUCUGGCGGCCAGAUACUCUCCGGAGAACAUCGCUUACACGUACAACUCUCAUCCUCCACCACUUUCGGAGCAACUGGGCGUUGGAUACCGCGUGGAUCUCACGACGGGACAAGGGCUCCAAGAUCUGGCCCUCUCGGUUCAUCCGAGAGUCGUUGUAAACUGUGCAGCCAUGUCCGUGCCGCGGGACUGCGAAGAGAAUCCACAAAAGGCCAUGGCGGUCAAUGUCCCUCGCGCGCUACUUCGCUAUCUAGCGUCUCUACAAACUGGGGCUCCGCCACUGCUCGUUCACUUCUCCACGGAUCAAGUGUACGAGGGGAUCAAGCAGUUUUACGUUGAGACCGACGAGACAAAGCCAGUGAACGUCUACGGCCUGUCCAAGGUGGAGGCCGAGUUUCUGAUUCGAUCGACUUGGAGGAAUUAUGCCAUCCUCCGGAGCAGUAUAAUCUACGGGCCGCAGCCAGUCGUCCACGUACAGAAGCCUCUCCCAGUCCAGUGGAUGGACAUGGCCCUCUCUGCGAGAAGGCCGGUGGAUUUCUUCCACGACGAGUACCGGUGCCCGAUCUUCAUCGGAGACGUCGUCAAGGUGGUGGCGCUUCUCAUUACCCUGUCCGAGCAAAGUGGAGGAGCAAUGCAACUAGUGCUCAAUCUCGGAGGCCCCGAGAGACUCUCUCGCGCGGAGAUGGCUCAAGUCGUGGCUCGAGUGAAAGGCUACCACCCUUCUUUGAUCAAUCAAGUUCCGGCUAGCUCGGUCGAUCGAGGAGUGGCCAGCCCCGCGGAUAUCUCCAUGGACGUGGAAAAGCUUCGGUCAACGCUGGGCAUUUGCUUGACGCCGUUUGACGAGGGAGUCAGGCAAACGCUCAUGUUAGCAGCUUAAACCUUUUUAAUAAAGCCCGUGCGCUUAUCAUUUC